AUGAAGAUAUAUCGGGUCGGGUAAAGGACAGUGUAAACAGCGUAUUUCAUAUCUACUCUCCUCCUGUCCUUAUAUACUUUUAAAGCAAACAAAAAUAUAUUUAUGUUGACAAAUUCAUGGGCUCCGUGUAUUGUCAUUUGAAAGCAAACAUAUCAAAAUUAAUUACGCAGUAUAAAAUCGAAGUUGACAGCACUAUUGUUUACAAAUUUCGCAGCAGAGGUUGGUAAGAGACUGGAGACUUAAAAAAGAAACGAAAAUUUCUUACUUUUUAGGAAGUAGCAAGCAAACAUUAAAAUAUAAAAAAAAACUGUUAUAUAAUCACAACCUCCCACUUAUGCGUGCAAAAAAUUAAUAGUUAUGAGGAUUUAUAGUUCAACUUUGAAACGUCUUUUAGAUUACUGGCCGGGUAAAAAGCGAUUCGGUCUAUACAGAUUCCUUCCGCUAUUCUUUUGUUUAGGCGCAGCGUUAGAGUUUUCCAUGAUUAACUGGACUGUCGGCGAAACAAAUUUUUAUCGCACUUAUAAGAAACGUCAAGCGAAGAAUUACAUCGAAGAACAAUCAGCAAACUUAAAUACUGAAAGCAAAUAAGCUUUGAAGCUAGUUAAAUAUGCCGGCUGGGGUAUCGUGGGGUCAAUAUUUGAAAUUUAUAUCCUGUGCGUUAUGCACAAUGUUGGCCGGCGCUCA